UUACAAUUAGACAUUCCUCGAUAGAUAUCAUCGAAAGCCAUGGGGAUUUCGCCAUUUGGGUUCGUUUUAUUGGCAAUUUUUGUUACGCUAACAUACGCAGAUGACACCCCUAGGGUUUCUAAUUCUGUUUGUCCUCUUAAAUCGAUCAAAGAUUCAAUCUUUGCUUCUCUGUCUCCGGUUUGUCCUAUGAAUUCGAUUGAUUAUUCUUUCGGUGUUAUUGAGGGAGAUGAGAUGUCGUUGCAAAAGGCGUUAAAUAUGGUUAACGGGAAUGCUGAAAGUUAUGCUGUGUUCCUAUUUUAUGCAUCUUGGUGCCCCUUUUCCGUAACGUUUAGACCAACUUUAUCGGCUAUGGCAUCCUUGUAUCUCCGGCAACUUCGUUUUUCAGAUCUGAACCAUCUCAUGCUUCGAUUGAACAUAUGGCAGUUAUGAUUAAAGACCUAAUCCUUGCCGGCUUCAUUUUUCAGAUUUGAGCUCGACCCUAUGCCAUAAAUCUGAUGUAACCAUCGGACAACAAUGGCUUCCUUUUUUAAAUUAGAUCGACACAAAUGGAUCAGAGGGGGAAUGGGGGUGUUUGGUGGUGGUGGGUGUUCGGUGCUGGAGAGGAGACAGUGGUGGUGGGUGUUCAGUGCCGGUGGUUGUUCGGCGGUGCAGGAGGGAUGUUGGUGGUGGGUGUUCAAUGGUGGUGAUGGUGUUGGUCUUGGGUAGAAGAAGAAGAAAGGUGGAGAGAGAAUUAUGAUUUUAAUUGUUGAGGGCAAUUUGGUCAUUUAACAUCAACUUAACUGAGAAAUUUAACAGAGGUUAGGUCAGGGGACCAACCGAGUUCAUUUUUGACAACUUUUGGGACCACACGUGUAAUUAGUAAACCACUAGGACCAAGUAUGAAAUUUUUGCAAACCACAGGGACCAACCAAGCAUUUAACUCUUUAGAAAAAGUAAACUUGACUACGUACACAACUAAACAAGAAAUAAAAAAAGUUUGAAAGUUUUGUGUGAAGUAUAUUAUUAUAGGUUUAAAAUCAAAUAAAAAGGUUUUUAAAAAUAAACCCACUACAAAAAAAAAAAAAAAAAAAAAAA